AUGGCGCCCCAGCAAGCUUCACAAACAAACACCGUCCUCGACGCUCUCGACGUAAUCACCUCGCACCCGCGUCCCUUCAAGUCUCCCUCCUGGAAGCCCGCUGCCCGCCGCACCAAGACCCUCAAACAGAUCCUCACUGACGCGACACGCUCCCAAACGGCUACGCAGAAUAACUCCGGGACCUCCACGCCUUUGCCGCCCGCUGCGAUACCCCAGCCUAUCGGGGCUACUUACUCCAACAUUGAGAGUGCGCCGUCGCUCCAUCCGGCCCACACAAAGAAGUGGUGCGACAUCACGGGGCUGCCGGCCAAUUACACGGAUCCGAAGACGAAGCUGAGGUACACGAAUAAGGAGGUCUACUCGGCGAUCAGACAGCUGCCGCCCGGCGCUGCGGAUCGCUAUUUGGAGCUGAGAGGUGCGAAUGUCGUGCUGAAAGUGCGCAUAAAGGGACUCAAAGAUACUCAGGCUUGGUUCUGUGGGGGCGCCCGCGCCAAGCGAUCUAAUCAACCUCAACAGGGUCUAGACACCAAACAAACCACUUCUUCAGCACCACCAGAACCAGCACAGAUACCACCACAAUACGAUAUGGAGAGUCCUCACGAGCAUCAGCAAGGACUUUUGUUGUCCCGUAUCAUCACCAAUGUCGAGAAACUAAACGAAGCCGUCAUGGUCCUGAACACAGCUCUUCAUGAAAUCAACACCAAAAACAUGAAUACAGAGCUUGUCGCUCAAAUGUGGAAGAAUUAUCAAUCCAACGUGCUCUUCCAUCUUGAAGCGACGGAUAGCCUUAAGGAGCCUGUUUGA